UGGUCUGUGGCAGUCCGGCUGAGCUGUGUGAGAAACGGACCAACCUCCUCCAGCGUCGGGACCAUGGCACGUCUGUUAGCCGACCCGUGCGCACUGUAGACCCGCCCGGAGGACUUCCACACACCCCCUCCCAGUGAACUGAAGGAAUGUGCCGCGGCGCCGACACGCUCCGGUGAGGUGACACCAGGCUGGAGACGCUCCACGGCGGAGGGUUCGCAAGUUUACGCACAGAAUUUAACGGUUUUUUUUGGUUCACGCGAGUGAAUGACGCCGGCGCGGAGCAGGUUUUCCUAGGAAGGGGAUUUUUUUCGGGGAGGAAAGAGGCGCUGAGGUUGAAACCAUCCGAUCGGAGAACCAGAGAGACUCUGUCCUUGGGAAACAUUGUGUCUCUGUCCACCGUGGAUGUGAGUCCCGCAGCGCAUCAGUGAAAAACCCCAGAAGACAGCCGCCGCGCUCGGGGGGAAGGAACCAGGAUCACAGGGAGAGAUCCACUUUGAAUCAGGAGAAACAUGUGAAGACCUUUGAAAAGUUUGGAAAGAGUUUGCCUCCGACGACAAGAAGGUGAAGGUCUCCUCCCUUCUGCCACUCGCCCGUUCUCUCUGCUUCCUCUGCACGUCCCUCGCAGGCCCGUUGAACAUGGAGGGCCGGCGGGCUACACGCAGGACUUUAUCCCCUGAGGGUGUAGCUACUCUGCUAGUCCUCUGCCUCUUAGCGUCCCCCGUCUUGUCCAGUGGACAGACAUUCACUACUUUCCAUCCUGAACGCCGGGAAUGGAUCUUCAACCACAUGACGGUCCACCAAAGCACAGGGGCAUUGUAUAUCGGAGCGGUCAACCGUGUGUACAAGCUCUCAGGCAACCUGACCCUCCUGGUGUCCCAUGAUACAGGCCCAGAGGACGACAACAAGGCCUGCUACCCCCCGCUGAUCGUCCAGCCGUGUUCUGAGCCCCUCGUCGCGACCAACAAUGUCAACAAGCUCCUCCUCGUUGAUUACUCUCAGAACCGGUUGCUGGCCUGCGGCAGCCUCUACCAGGGCGUCUGUAAACUCCUCCGAUUGGACGACCUCUUCAUCUUAGUGGAGCCGUCUCAUAAGAAAGAGCACUACCUCUCCAGUGUCAACCAGACUGGGACCAUGUAUGGGGUCAUCGUGCCGUCACAAGGCCAGGAUGGGACCCUGUUCAUCGGCACAGCCGUAGAUGGGAAGCAGGACUACUUCCCCACCAUCUCCAGUCGGAAGCUGCCCCGUGACCCAGAAUCCUCAGCCAUGCUUGACUAUGAAUUGCACACCGACUUUGUGUCGUCCCUCAUCAAGAUACCGUCGGACACGCUGGCACUGGUCGCCCACUUUGAUAUUUACUAUGUUUACGGCUUUGCCAGUGGCAGCUUUGUCUACUUCCUGACUGUCCAGCCCGAGACCCCAGAGAACAGCAUGUCAUCGAGCGGCUCCACCAACGACCUCUUCUACACCUCUCGCAUCGUCCGCCUCUGCAAAGACGACCGCAAGUUUCACUCCUACGUCUCCCUGCCCAUCGGCUGCGUGAAGAACGGCAUCGAGUACCGGCUCCUGCAGGCCGCCUACCUCGGCAAGCCGGGGCGCGUACUGGCCGCCUCGCUCGGCAUCGGCGCCCAGGAUGAUGUGCUCUUCACCAUCUUCUCCAAGGGCCAGAAGCAGUUCCAUCACCCGCCAGAUGACUCAGCACUCUGCGUCUUCUCCAUCCGGGACAUCAACGCUCGGAUCAAGGAGCGCCUGCAGUCCUGCUACCAGGGAGAAGGAAACCUGGAGCUCAACUGGCUGCUGGGGAAGGACGUGCAGUGCACCAAAGCACCUGUUCCCAUCGACGACUCCUUCUGUGGCCUGGACAUCAACCAGCCACUGGGAGGUUCCCAGCUGGUCACCGGUCACACUCUCUACACCGAGACCCGCGACCGCAUGACUUCCGUCACCUCCUACGUCUACAAUGGCUACUGCGUGGCCUUCGUGGGCACCAAGAGUGGACGGCUAAAGAAGAUUCGAGUGGACGGGCCUCCUCACGGCGGCGUCCAGUACGAGACGAUAUCGGUCAUCAAGGACGGCGGCCCGAUCCUGCGGGACAUGGCCUUCUCCCUGGACCGCAACUCCCUCUACGUCAUGUCUGAGAGACAGGUGACUCAAGUUCCCAUCGAGUCUUGUGAGCAGUACGGGACCUGUGGAGAGUGUCUGAGCUCCGGGGACCCACACUGCGGCUGGUGUGUCCUGCACAACAUCUGCUCUCAGAGGAACCGGUGUGAGCGUGCAGAUGAGCCGUAUCGCUUCGCCGCCGCUCUCAACCAGUGUGUGAAGGCCACAGUGUUCCCGGACAGCAUCGCCGUGUCAGAACCCAGCGUACAUCUGCUGGUGAAGGUGAGCGAUGUUCCGGACCUCUCCGCCGGCAUCACCUGCUCCUUCGGCAACCUGACGGAGGUGGAGGGCCAGGUCAACGGCAACCAGAUCCUCUGCGUGUCUCCUGCUGCCAAGGACGUCCCCGUCAUCCCCACCGACCAAGAUUGGUCGGGCGUCGAGCUGAGGCUGAAUUCUAAAGAGACCGGUCAGAUGCUCAUCAGCACCGAGGUCAAGUUCUACAACUGCAGCGUCCACCAGCUGUGCCUGUCAUGUGUGAACAGCGCCUUCCGCUGCCACUGGUGCAAGUACCGCAACUUGUGCACCCACGACCCCUCCAGCUGUUCCUUCCAGGAGGGCCGGGUCAACGCCUCAGAGGACUGUCCCCAGCUGGUGCGCUCGGAGGAGAUCCUGAUCCCGGUGGGGGAGGUGAAGCCCAUCACCCUGAAGGCCAGGAACCUGCCUCAGCCGCAGUCCGGCCAACGAGGCUACGAGUGCGUCCUCCACAUCCAGGGGGUCAGCCACCGGGUCACCGCCCUCCGCUUCAACAGCUCCAGCGUGCAGUGCCAGAACAGCUCGUAUCUGUACGAGGGAAUGAAAAUCAGUGAGCUGCCCGUGGAUUUCUCAGUGGUGUGGAACGGCAACUUCAUUAUUGAUAACCCGGAGAAUAUCCAAGUGCACCUCUACAAGUGCGCGGCCCAGCGGGACAGCUGCGGCGUGUGUCUGAAGGCGCAGAGGAAGUUCCAGUGCGGCUGGUGCAGCGGGGAGGGGAAGUGCACCCUGCGGCACCACUGCCCCCCCAUCAACCCGUACACCACCCGCUGGCUCAACCUGUCCACCAAGAACGUCAAGUGCACCAACCCACGCAUCACCGAGGUGACCCCAGUGGCCGGCCCCCCCGAGGGAGGCACGCGGGUGACCAUCCACGGCACCAACCUGGGUCUGGCCUUUUCGGACAUGGUGGGCAACGUGGAGGUGGCGGGGGUGAGGUGCACCCCCCUGGAGGAGGGCUACAUCAUCGCCGAACAGAUUGUGUGUGAGAUGGACGUGGCCCCCCCGGACAGCCGCCCUGGUCCGGUCCAGCUGUGCGUCGGAGAGUGUCGACCCGAGCUCCGGGCUCGCUCCUCACAGCUCUUCUCCUUUGUGACUCCCAGCGUCACAGGUCUCUCCCCCAGCCGGGGUCCAGAGUCCGGAGGCACCAAGGUGACCGUGAUGGGAGAGAACCUGGGCGCCGGCAGCAGCGUCAACGUGCAGUUUGGAAAUCAAACCUGCGAGUUCUACGGACGGACCAUGUCGGAGAUAGUUUGCUACUCAGCCCCUUCGCUGUCCGGCCUGGGCCCGGUGCAGAUCAGCGUGGGCGUGGACCAUGCUCAGAUCAGAGAGAGCCUCACCUUCGAGUACAUAGAAGACCCGACGGUGCAGCGCAUGGAACCCGACUGGAGCAUCAUGAGCGGCAACACCCCUCUCAUGGUCACAGGAACCAAUCUGGACGUGGUCCAGGAGCCCAGGAUCCGAGUCAAACACUCCGGCCGGGAGUCUGUGAACGUGUGUAAGGUAUUGAACAGCACGAGCAUGAGCUGCCUGGCCCCGUCCCUGACCACAGAACACCUCCCGGGUCUGGAGACGGUGAAGCACGCCGACGAGUUCGGCUUCAUCUUCAACAACGUCCAGGCGCUGCUGGUGUACAACAACACCAACCUCCUCUACUACCCCAACCCGUACUUCGAGCCGCUCAGCUCCUCGGGAGUCUUGGAUCAGAAACCUGGCUCGCCUAUCAUUCUCAAGGGCAGAAACCUGGUUCCCCAAGCACCGGGAGGGGUGAAGCUUAACUACACGGUGCUGAUUGGAGAGACUCCCUGCUCGGUCACCGUGUCUGAGAGCCAGCUGCUGUGUGAGCCGCCCAACCUCACCGGGCAAUACAAAGUCAUGGUUCAAGUAGGUGGUCUCCACGUUUCCCCCGGCGCGGUCAACAUCAUGUCCGACAGCCUGCUCACCCUCCCCGCCAUCGUCAGCAUCGCCGCCGGCGGAGGCCUCCUCCUCAUCAUCGUCAUCCUCGUCCUCAUCGCCUACAAGCGGAAGUCGCGUGAGAACGACCUCACCCUGAAGCGCCUGCAGAUGCAGAUGGACAACCUGGAGUCUCGGGUUGCUCUGGAGUGCAAAGAAGCUUUUGCCGAGCUACAGACGGACAUCAACGAGCUGACCAGCGACCUGGACCGAGCUGGAAUCCCCCAUCUGGACUACAGGACGUACGCCAUGAGGGUCCUCUUCCCCGGCAUCGAGGAUCAUCCCGUCCUCAGAGAACUGGAGGUGUCGGGUAACGGCCAGCAGAAUGUGGAGAAGGCCUUGAAGCUGUUCGGCCAGCUCAUCAACAACAAGCUGUUCCUGCUCACCUUCAUCCGCACGCUGGAAAUGCAGCGUUCCUUUUCCAUGAGGGACCGAGGCAACGUGGCCUCCCUCAUCAUGACGGCCCUGCAGGGGCGCCUGGAGUACGCCACCGACGUCCUGAAGCACCUGCUGUCGGACCUCAUCGACCGCAACCUGGAGAGCAAGAACCACCCCAAGCUGCUGCUGCGGAGAACGGAGUCGGUCGCAGAGAAGAUGCUCACGAACUGGUUUGCCUUCCUUCUGCACAAAUUCCUCAAGGAGUGUGCUGGGGAGCCACUGUUCAUGCUGUACUGCGCCAUCAAGCAGCAGAUGGAGAAAGGGCCGAUUGAUGCCAUCACCGGAGAGGCCCGCUACUCGCUGAGUGAAGACAAACUCAUCCGCCAGCAGAUCGAGUACAAAACACUGAUCCUGAACUGUGUGAACCCGGACAACGAGAACAGCCCGGAGAUUCCAGUGAAGGUGCUGAACUGUGACACCAUCACCCAAGUGAAGGAGAAGAUACUGGACGCCGUUUACAAGAACAUGCCGUACUCCCAGCGGCCGCGUGCUGUGGACAUGGACCUCGAGUGGCGCCAGGGGCGAAUGGCUCGCGUGGUGCUGCAGGAUGAAGACAUCACCACCAAGAUAGAAAACGACUGGAAGAGACUCAACACUCUCAUGCACUACCAGGUGUCGGACCGCUGCGUUGUGGCUCUGGUGCCCAAACAGACCUCGUCAUACAACAUCCCCACCUCAGCCAGCAUAUCACGCAGCUCCAUCAGCAGAUACGACUCGUCGUUCCGCUACACGGGAAGUCCCGACAGCCUGCGGUCACGUGCCCCCAUGAUCACCCCCGACCUGGAGAGCGGUGUGAAGGUGUGGCAUCUGGUGAAGAACCACGAACAUGGGGACCAGAAGGAAGGAGACCGCGGCAGCAAGAUGGUGUCUGAGAUUUAUCUGACCAGGCUGCUGGCGACCAAGGGUACACUACAGAAAUUUGUGGACGACCUGUUCGAGACGUUGUUCAGCACGGUCCACAGGGGGAGCUCUCUUCCCCUGGCCAUCAAAUACAUGUUUGACUUCCUGGACGAGCAGGCGGACAAACAUGCCAUUCACGACACAGACGUCCGUCACACGUGGAAAAGCAACUGCCUCCCGUUGCGUUUCUGGGUGAACGUGAUCAAGAACCCGCAGUUUGUGUUUGACAUCCACAAGAGCAGCAUCACGGACGCCUGUCUGUCCGUGGUGGCUCAGACCUUCAUGGACUCCUGCUCCACGUCAGAGCACCGCCUCGGCAAAGACUCUCCAUCCAAUAAGCUGCUCUACGCUAAGGACAUCCCCAAUUACAAGAGCUGGGUAGAGAGGUACUACGCCGACAUCAACCGACUGCCGUCCAUCAGCGACCAGGACAUGAAUGCGUAUUUGGCCGAGCAGGCAAGACUCCACUCGACAGAGUUCAACAUGAUCAGCGCGCUCAACGAGAUCUACUCCUACAUCAGCAAGUACAGCGAGGAGAUCAUGGCCGCUCUGGAGCAGGACGAGCAGGCGAGGAAACAGCGGCUGGGCUACAAGGUAGAGCAGCUCAUCUCUGCGAUGUCCCUCGAGAGCUGAGAGCGACCCCUGCUGACGAGCAGAGGGAACGAGGAAGAGCGGACCACAGCCUCCACUGGACCUUUCAAAAUGGUCCCACAUUACUUACCUCUCGUCGUGGGGGGGCCUCAACCACGAGCUGGACCUGGGACCUCUUGUAUUCACGGCCCCGACAGACACACAACUGCGUUCAUUUGUUACACUCCCUCUUUGACCUUCAUGAGCUAAGGGCCCACAGACUGAGACAGAGGCCCCUGCAGCUGGGGCCCAAAGUGGCACAAGGGAAGACAACAACAUGGCUUGUGUUUAUUUUGUUUUGUUUGCUUUAAGUUUUCGCAAAGAACAUUUUCUCUCAGUUUAACAGGAAAGUGGGUGCAUGUGUGUGUGUGUGUGUGUGUGUGUGUGCGCACUGAGGAGGACUCCUGUAGAGACUGUGAGAGCAAACGGACAAACAGAUUUAUUCUCUACUGAGACAGAAACUCUCAUCCGAGUGUGAAAUGGAGAAACAAAAAAAGAGGAACCGAGAAGCACAGGAGCAAACCUCACGUUGGACAGCGCAGCUCAGAUUUCUCAGAUUUUUAUUUUUGUACUUGUACAUGUGAAUAUUAUCAGUUGCAGUUGAACCCCCCCCCCCCCCCCCCCCCGGAUGCUGUUGUACAGAGACAUGGACAGAGUGAUGCUGCAUCGGGGGGGGGGCGUGGUCGUUAUACAGGCCAUGAGCCAUGUCUUCUCUCCCUCCCUGCCUCCUCGGACUCCAAGGCUUCCUCCAGCGGUUAGCUCCUCUGUGUGUGUACCGGUCGAUAACUUGCCAAUCAGUGUCUGUGAAUGUACAAAAUGUUUUUAUUUGUUUUGUUUGAGUGUACGUCUAUUUUGAGUUUUAUCAAAAACACGAAGGGACUCAGUUGAACUGAGCUCCGGAGAUAUUUACAGCAUCAAGUGUCGACCGUCCUGACCCCAAACCGUCCGGCUCGGUCAUCAUCCUCUGUUCUGCCAGAGGAGAGUGGUUACUACAAACCAGUGUCUGUGAGUGAAGAUGGACGACAGGUCUUCACCUUCUGGAUGAAACCCUGGAUGAACACCCAAACUUAAAAGAAACAUUUAUCUAAUGUGUUCUUUGACUUUUUAGUUUGGUCCGUGUCCCAUCUGCUAACAUGGAGGAGGUGGGAUUUAAGACCUGUACUUCAGCCAGCCACCAGGGGGUGACCAUGUUUCGUGUCGUCCAUCUUCACAGCAUCUAGAGUCUAUUAGACACCAGACCAGACCCUUUGGUAAAACUCUGUUUGUAUCUGUGGGAACUUUCUGUUUCCUCUGCAUGCGAUCGCACAUCACAAAGUCUUUAAGGGUCCAUCUUGGAUUUGAUCAAGUGCUAACGAGUCCGGCCAGUUCUUGUUGGCCAGUUGAGACGGCAGCUGAUGGGAGAUCUUACCCGACCACCGUCCACGUCUUCGCACGGACACAAUAAAAAGCCUAAAGCCGUGAGUGGGUCGACUUUGACCGAGUGCCAAAAGAUCCUGUCCUUUCCGAUUCUUCGCUAAUGUGUCAAAAAUCGGUGUAUGCUUUACAGAGGGAGCCAAGCUCUCGUAAUUUGAAGUGUGGAGCCGGUUGAGGUUGAAUCUGGAGUUUUUAAAUAGUCAAGAAAGGUACGAAACCUAAGCAGGAGAAACAAGAGGAGCGACACAAGACGGAGUGUGUUUCAUAUUUUGUGGAAUUUGUCUUCAGACUUAAACCAAACAGUCACCAGCUGAAAGGCCGAUGUAACCUUCCAACCUUCCAGCUGGACGACGACAAACUGUAGAUUCCGUCCUCUGGGUUUAAUUGUCCUCUCAGAUAUAUAUAUAUAUUUGCUUGUUGUUUACAUCAAGUACUUGGUAGUACUAACGGUUUGUACAGUGCAGUACUGCAAGUGUGUGUGUGUGUGUGUGUGUGUGUGUGCUGAGAGUGUGAAAAAAAACACCAUGGGCGGGUGAAAGGUGCUUCUUUUUCUCUGUGGCCUUAGAUUCCCACCUGCAUGCUCACGAUCUUAUUAGUCCUCGACUGCAGCACAUGCUCCUCGGAGCCCAGCGUGUUUUUUGUUGAGGAGGGGGGGGGCGGGGGGGGGGUUGAUACCUGGCCCGGGCGCUCGGCUGCCAGAUAAAGUCAGAGGAAAGGUGAAGAGGGUACGGGCCCGGCUCGGCGCUCAGUUUGCCUUCGCUGUUUGAAGAGAAGUGUCGAGAAGCGAGGGAGAGAGGGUCAGGUAGAGAGAGAGAGAGAGAACCCCUUUAGCUCCAGCUUCCUGCUCCGGCUUUGAAGCUGCUCUUUGAUGUGAGUCAGUUGUGAGCACAGUGUGAUCAGGAGAUGGGGGGGGGGGGGGAAGAGAAGAAACAUCAAACUCGCAGCCAAGGAGAAAUGUAAGAUGUGGUGAUGAUUGACGCGCUGCUACUGAGUCUGGCCAGUGGGGGGCAGAAGUGGGUAAGAGUAGCUGUGUUUUGGUCCUUCGCUCCCUGACCCCCAACAUGUAGGUACACAACGGAUUCCGAGUGCAAACACACAAAGCUUCUUCCUUUUGAUUGAGGUGUCUUCCCAAUUUCAGCGAAUAGAAUUGUAUCCUCCUCAUACCUCACAUUGCUUGUAUGGAGUAAUGCUUUUUUCUGUUUUUAUCAUUUUAACAGGACGUAAAUGCCUUUUCCUUUUUCCCAGGGGAUGAACUGUAGGUGUGUUAAAGCCCCUCCGGAGUUCCCCCCUGUCGUCAGAUCAGUGUGUUUCUCCCUCAAAGAUCAUUUAUAUAUCAUCGCCUCCUCUUGUCUCGUGUGAGAUGUUUUUGCACGUGUUAUAUUUCAUGCUUCAGUUCUGUGUGGUUUAUUCCACGUCGAGCCGCCAUCGCCGCCAACAGCCGAACUGCAAUUCUUCCCCGAAAGCCCAUUUGUACGAGUCUUACAUCACACCUGAAUGCACCUUUUCUUUUGUGAAAGAGAUUUCUUUUUGUUGCUCCUAAUGCUUGUUUCCAUGCUUGAUUCUGGGAACCUUUUCAAUUCAGUUUGAAGUGAGAAGAAGGAAGCAUGUUUACUCUUUCUGCAGCGCAGGAGGAAGUGUGACCUCACCAGUAGUGACACGGAGAGACGCUCGUGAACACGACCUCAUUCCAGCUCCAGCUGAUCGCAAACUGAAGAUGCUACGUGCACUUUUUAUUUGUGCUGCUCUCGGUGUAAUGUGUCAUCAUCCCUAUAGAAGACAAAGCAUUUUUUUUAAUUGUUUGUUUCAUGGCAUCAGACUGAGGAACUGAAAUCCAGAUCAAUGUAAUAAUCUCAAUUAUCACCAAGUAUAAAAUGAGUAUCCUUCCAUUUUAAACACGUUGUAAACAAACCCUUUUUAGACACUGGAGUUCUGUAAAAUAGUUAUUACUGGCAAUGAUGAUGACGAUGAUGAUAAUAAUAAUGGCUGUCUGUUCUUCUUGUUUUAUAAAAAGUGUUGUGAAAAAUUGUAAGAAACUUAAAGUAUUUAAAAAAGUUUGUUCUCUUGUUUUUUAUUUGCUUUGGUUUUGUUAUGAUAAUAUAUUAUUGUGUACCUAUUGUAAAUAUGAAGCACACCUAUUUUGCAAGCCAAGGAUUCACUUUGUACUGUUGUUAUAUAUAAAUAAACUUUGCUGGUUAAAAAUUGCAUAGAGCUUAAA